AUGACUGUUUCUUAUACCUUGAAAGUGGCCAAUGCUCGCUUUGGAGGCUUCUCCAAGCUGCUCUUCCGUUGGAAAGGAAGCAUCUACAAGCUGCUUUACAAGGAGUUCCUUGUCUUCGCCUUGCUGUAUGCAGCCCUCAGUGUCACCUACCGGUACCUUUUAAAUGAGAACCAGAAACGUUAUUUUGAGAUGGUGUCAAAGUACUGCGACAAGUCUACUAACCUAAUUCCUCUGUCUUUUGUCCUAGGUUUCUAUGUCACAUUAAUUGUGAACCGUUGGUGGGCCCAGUAUACCAGCAUCCCGCUGCCAGAUCAGCUGAUGUGUGUCAUUUCCAGCAAUGUGCAUGGAAGAGAUGAGAAGGGACGGAUCUUGCGACGUACUCUCAUCCGUUAUGCCAACCUCUCAUCUGUGCUCAUCCUGCGUUCAGUCAGCACCAGGGUACUUAAGAGGUUUCCGACUAUGGACCAUGUGGUGGAAGCUGGUUUCAUGACACAAGAUGAACGCAAGAAGUAUGAGAGCCUCCAUUCAGACUUCAACAAAUACUGGAUCCCCUGUGUUUGGUUCACCAAUCUUGCAGCCCAGGCGCGCCGAGAUGGGAGGAUCCGGGAUGAUGUGGCCCUACGAUUGCUCAUGGAUGAGCUAAACCUGUACCGCUCCAAAUGCAGCAUGCUUUUCCAUUAUGAUUGGAUCAGCAUCCCCCUUGUGUACACACAGGUGGUUACCAUAGCUGUCUAUUCCUUCUUUGCUUUCUGUGUUGUUGGGCGGCAGUUUUUACCAGAUGAAUCAAACCUAGACCUGUAUGUUCCUCUUCCCACACUCCUCCAGUUUUUCUUCUAUGCUGGCUGGCUGAAGGUGGCAGAACAAAUAAUUAAUCCAUUUGGGGAAGAUGAUGACGAUUUUGAAACUAACAGACUGAUAGACAGAAACCUUCAGGUGUCUCUGCUUUCGGUGGAUGACAUGUACCAAAACCAACCUCCCAUUGGAAAGGACAAAUACUGGAAUGAGACUGCAGCACAACCUCCAUAUACAAUAGCCACAGUUGCAGAGACCUUGAAGCCUUCCUUCAUGGGCUCUACAUUUGACAUGCGGAUGAGUGAUGACCCAGAGCAGAGUCAGCAAGUGGAAGCAUCUCCGAGCAUGAGUCGCAUUCAAACUCCACUGCUCAACCGCUUCCUCACUGCAGCUGCCUCCCCAGCAGUCAGCCUCAAAAACUUUGGCAAGAGUGGUCGAAUUCAGCACGCUCAACUCCUGCGUUUGAGGAAUGAGAACAGCUUGCCUCCUACCAGCCCCAGCUUUUACCGAAGGGAAGACCCAGAGAUGGUUGGCCGCAUAGAUGAGGAAGAGAUGGAGGAUGAAGAAAUUGGGCUUAGUGAAUCCCCUGUACCCAACUCCUACAACCCAGAGAGCACAAAGAUGCAGGCAAAUGAACUGCCUGUUAUUACAGUGAUGGAGGUCCUAGAUACUGUCACUGACAAGCCUUCUGGCUGAAACCAGCAGUAGCAAGGCCUUUUGCUUAACUAUCUA